AUGGGUGUGAUCCCCCGGCAGCAGCGCGCGCAGGAGCUACAACGGGAGCUGGGGGAGGUGGAGGUGCGGCAGCAGGAGCUUGAGCAGCGCGGCGCCUCCGUCGAGAAGGCCAUCAGGGGUGAACGCCCGGGCGGUGACGGCGGCGGGGGCGAGGACACCGACCCCAGCGACGACGCCGUCCUGAUGCGCCAGUGGUUCGGCCUGGUGCACGAGCGCAGUAUGCUGGUGCGGCGCGACCAGCUGCUGCAGUUGCAGCUGCGCGAGCUCCAGCUGGAGGACAAGCACGACCGGCUGCAGAUGGAACUACGCGAGCGCAUGGCCGCGCCCGACGGCAGCUCCUUGUCUACACGGAGGGCCCUGAAGUCGGACGUUUACGUGGAGCGGGAGCGCGAGCUGGUCAGCACGCUGCUGGAGAUAUCCGAGCAGAGACGCGCGCUCGACAGGCCAUGGACGGGGCCGAGCAGGAACAGACUGAGAAUGGAGUGCGAGUCUGCUGAGAACCGCCAGUAG